AUUAAGGGAAAAUGUCCUGAAGAUGGAUGGGAUGAAAGCACCAUUGAACUGUUUCUUCAUGAACUUGCUAUAAUGGAUAGCAAUAACUUUCUGGGCAACUGUGGUGUGGGUGAGAGGGAAGGAAGAGUGGCAUCACAACUCGUUGCCCGAAGGCAUUACAGGUUGAUCCAUGGAAUUGGAAGGUCUGGUGAUAUUUCUGCAGUCCAGCCUAAAGCUGCAGGGUCUAGCCUUUUGAACAAACUUACUAAUUCAGUAGUUCUGGAUAUUUUAAAGCUGGCUGGUGUCCGGACAGUGACCAGUUGCUUUGUGGUUCCUAUGGCAACUGGCAUGAGUCUAACUCUGUGUUUUUUAACAUUGCGGCACAAGAGACCAAAGGCAAAAUACAUUAUCUGGCCACGUAUAGACCAGAAAUCUUGCUUUAAAUCAAUGAUAACUGCAG